AUGAAGUUUGCAAAGUUGUCAGUUUUCAAGGAUGGUGGUUUGUUGGCUGAGCUUCAAGUUGAGUUGGGUUUUCUUAGAGAUUUUGAUCUCAAUGUUGAUGGUGUCCUUUACUUUAGAGGUCAGAUGUGUGUUCCAGUGGAUCAAGAUCUAAGACAUAUGAUUCAUACCGAGGCUCAUAGUAGUCCAUAUGCUAUGCAUCCUAGUGGGAACAGGAUGUAUCGGGAUCUUUGGGUUUUAUAUUGGUGGCCAGGGUUAAGGAAGGACAUAGCUAAUUUUGUUGGUAGAUGUUUAGUUUGCCAGAGGGUUAAAGCUGAGCAUCAACGUCCCUCUGAGUUACUUCAGCCGAUCAGGAUUCCAGAGUGGAAAUGA